CUGUCUGUGACGUGGCACGGAGAACGGAAGAGCUUGUUAGUGUUUUGGUUCUAAGGGGAAGUUGCGAGAAUAAAGAAAGGAGGAGACGUGACGCGAUUGUUUAAAUUGUUUUUGUUGGUUCUCCCCAAACCAACGCACCGUUCUCGUGCCGGACGGUUCGUGUGUAAAACCAAAAUCUUCAGGGGUGCCAAUAAAAGUUCAGCGCGUCGUCUGGCUCUCAGCUGAAGUCAAGAGGGUGAAGUUUGGCGCUCAGGAGACCGGAGGAUCUGAUCAGGUCAUGGCCAAUCGAGGAGGAGCUACAAGACCCAAUGGACCCAACGCAGGCAACAAGAUCUGCCAGUUCAAGCUGGUGCUGCUGGGGGAGUCGGCCGUGGGGAAGUCCAGUUUGGUGCUUCGUUUUGUCAAAGGCCAGUUCCAUGAAUUCCAGGAAAGCACGAUAGGAGCGGCCUUCCUCACCCAGACAGUCUGUCUAGAUGACACAACGGUGAAAUUUGAAAUCUGGGACACAGCAGGUCAGGAGCGAUACCACAGUUUGGCACCCAUGUAUUACAGAGGAGCACAAGCAGCCAUUGUGGUCUACGACAUCACAAACGAGGAGUCCUUCGCACGAGCCAAGAACUGGGUGAAGGAGCUACAAAGACAAGCUAGCCCAAACAUAGUGAUCGCUCUGUCAGGCAACAAGGCAGACCUGGCUAACAAGAGAGCCGUCGAAUUCCAGGACGCCCAGUCUUACGCAGACGACAACAGCUUGCUUUUCAUGGAGACCUCAGCCAAGACAUCGAUGAAUGUCAACGAGAUAUUUAUGGCAAUUGCGAAGAGAUUGCCAAAAAGCGAGCCUCAGGCUCCCGGAGCCAACAGCGGACGGAACCGCGGAGUGGACCUGACAGAAGCCGCCCAGCCUGCCAAGGCUCCAUGCUGCUCCAACUAACAGGAAGAAGCGAGCGUUCCCCCCGACCUAUAUACUAGUUACUAAUGUGGCUCGUGCCACCGAAGCUACUAAAACAAUGUGUCAGUCAUUGUUUGAAGCGAGAGAAGAAGCCCAAUUAACCCCUCCGUUCUGUCUUUUUUGUUGUCUUUCCCUGACUUUUUCUUUACUCUGACCCGAUAACGCCUCCUAACCACUUUGUCUUACUUUAUGCCAUCGACUCGUCUGUCAAAUAGAAGUGAUGGAUUGAGAACAAAAGCAGACAUCACUGUUGCUUAAGCAGAUGAGAGGAAUCCCUUUUACUGGAAUAGCUUGAGGCCUAACUGCUGUUUUUUUUUUAAAUGCAUUAAUCAUUGUUUAGUUUUGUUCAAAUCAUGAAUUUGUGAAAACCAUUUUUUUUCUAAGGGGAACUUUAAAAAAGGCUUUUUAAAGUCUUUGACCCUAUUCAUCUCCUUCACUUCCAUUAAAUUAUUUAUUUUUAGUGUUUUUUUCCCCUCUCUGGGCUCCAUUCUGGCUCCGUGCCUGCAUGUAGCCUGUCCACAGCGGCAUUGUGCAAUGUUUUGCAGUAUUUCCUCUUGAGUUGAGCGUCUGCCAGGACCAGCGCUGCCCAGCAGAACCUCUUCCUCACCCUGAUGUGUUAUGUCUUAUCAUAAAUCGUGUUCUCAGACGGUUUAAGUCCAGGAUGUUGGAUUUAUCGGUGUUGUCGGACCACUGCGGGGUUUGCUUAGUUUAAAAUAAAGGGGGGGUGAUGAUUGGAGCUUUGCAAUAUGUAUGAAUUUAUAAUUAUGUUGGAAUGAUUUGACAUCUUAAGGAAGUGCUUUAGACACACUUGUGUCGUUCUUCUCAGUCUGGGCCUGAAACGGUGACUCAUUUCAUCUGUCGAUGAAGCAGCGCACACAUUUGUGUGCGCACGUUUGAACUCACAUUUGCACAAAAAAACACACAUUCACCUGCUCCGCCGAGCUCUUUUCUGAUCUAGAUCAGCACAUAUGCAGUCUGUUACACCUUAUUGGUCUGUUUCCUGUACAUGAUCACAAAAACACACAUGCAUAUUUAGAUUUAAGUUUUUUUGUUUCGUUACAGGUCUGUCUUAUUCAUGUCUUGCACUAAUGAUUCUCAUGAAAUUUCUUUCCUCAUAAUUUCAGCCAGUGUGAUAUAAAUAUAUACAUAAUAUAAAUAUAUAAAUAAUUUACUGUAAAUAUUAUGUUGCAGUGUACCCUUUUUUUCUUUUUAACAACUAAUGCUUGCUAGGGAGUUGUUUAGAUAAUCAAGGAAAAAAAACUGUAUAUUAAAAAAAACGAAGGCUACAUUCUCAGUUUGGACUUCUAUUAUUUUGCUGUUUCUUUUUUCCCCACACAAAUGGAUGCAUAAUAAUCAGUGGUGGUCUUUAUAAAUGUAUGUAGUGUUAUUAACAAAACAGAAAAAAAGAUUAGCAUUUAUUUAGAAUCCUUUUUCUCCAAAUGAAAUCUGUAAUAUCUGAACUUUAGUGCGCGCGUGUGUGUGUAUCGAGACAAUGAUGCCUUGUUCUUCUCCCUGUAUGUAGAGCAGAAUUUCCAUAAGCGCCACAAUCAGAUAUCCCAUUCAGAAGGAUAAAUAUCCACCGACCUGGAACGUUGUCUAACGUUACCGGAUUUCUUUUUUUAUUUUAUUUUAUUCUAAAACCACUUAAAGAUGGCUUUUUUUGGGUGUAAAGGCUUAUUUGGAACAACAGAUCAUCUAAAAACGAGCAUUUGACAGCACUGUUAUGUAAUGACCAAAUCAAUACUGAAAUAAAUGUGAUCAUUUAUCA